GUAACAAAUUAAAUAUUUUCUCGAAUUCGAAUUUUUGAAUUAAAUGUCUAGAAAGUGGCUUGUCAAUUUUAGCUUUUAUAAAUUCCAAAUGUUUAUAUGAUGAUCCAGAGAUUAGGAAUGCGAAUUUCGAGUAGAUUUCCUCUUCCAAUUCUGUGCGCUUUCAUAUUUGUUUUUGCACUGAUCGUGAUAUGGUUCCAAAGAUUAUCUAGCACGACAGCAAUCAUCCAUGAAAACAGCGAUGAAAAUGUGAGAAGCUUCAACUUCAAGGAUGCUGAUGAGAUUUUUAGACAGUGUAUUGGUACAGACAUCACACUUGAUAAUUUGCAUGAAAUUUUGAAUAAAUGGAGUAACACAAGAACAGUGAAUUGCAGGUCAGCGUACGACCAAUUUUCACACUUAUUUUAUUUCCGCAAGAGUGACACAGAAGUUGUUUUGUCAGAAACAUUUUCUCAAACGGUGUCGAAAUGGUUUAAUGGCAAUAAAGACCUUUUAGAAAAGACAAAACACCAGUUUAUCUUGGUGAUGAUGAACAAGUUUACAAAAGAUGCAACCCUGAUAAAUCCUUUGCGAAACAAGAGGCCUGGUUUUGCUGGUGGACCUGAUGUGGACAAGUACGUGAAUCAGCUAGUUGACAAGAGCAAAGAAAGUUGCGACUUUUGUAAUUAUCGAAGACAGUCGGGGAUGGAUAGUUUUGGUUAUCUGGAGUCAAAACAUUCUGUGACUAUCGCUAACACGUUUAAAAUCGAAAGAUUUCAUGGUCUGGCCUUGUGGAAACAUCACAGUCCUUUGGAGUUCAACGAGGAUCAGUUUUUAGACCUUAUGGAAUUAUCUCAAAAAUGGUUUAGAAAAUGUUUUGAAGUGGACAAAUCCUUCACACUGCCAAGUUUGCUGUGGGAUAUUUUACCAAAGGCAAGCGCCAGCCAAAUACACCCUCACGCACACAUGUUCGUAUCAAAAGAUUUCUAUUUUUCUGGAUGGGAGAAAAUAUUCAGAGCAGCAAACGAGUAUAGAACGACUGAAAGUCGAAGUUAUUUUAGCGAUCUUGUUAAGAUUCAUACAAUUCUUCAGUUGAAUAUAACGUAUGGGGACGCAGUGGCCUAUGUGUCUAUAACUCCGAGCGUGUCCAACGAGGUGGUCAUUCUGAGCAAGCGACCAGGAAAUGAUCUUUUUAAACUGUUUUAUAGAAUAAUGAAAGCAUUCGUGAAGUUAAAGCUGUACGCCAUCACCGCGGGCGCUGUUUUCCCCCCACUGGAACCCACCGACUCAAGGAGAGAUGUUCCUUGCAUAAUAAGGAUUGUUAAUCGUGGCGCUGUCGACAAGAUGCGUUCAGAUAUUAGCUCGAUGGAAUUAUUCGGGAGCGGUAACAUCAAUGUGGACUUUUGGGACUUUAGGAAAAAGCUUCUUGAGAAUCUUGAAAAGUAAACUAGCAGUUCUGAGACCGAGAACAUGCAGUCAGUCCAUUGCCAUGACACAGUUAGAACACUGCACACUGAUGUCGGUGAGUCGAACAGGCAGCUUGCGAUCAAAAGUACGGAAGCGAGCCGACGAAAAAAUAAUCAAUACACAAAUCAACCAACAAUCGAAUUUAAAAAUUAUUUGGCCUCAUCAAACGAGGCUAUAUGUAGGAUGGAUUUUUAUUGGGUACAAACUUGUACAAUAUACACAAUACGCAGGACUGGUGGGCUUGAUAAUUAGCCAUCUGACGUAUGAAAUGUAGUCUGUUAUUGAUAAACCUGCACACUGCAUUAGCUUUUGUUGAUUUUCUGCCGGAUGUUGCGAAUAUUCGCAUAUUCAGGGUAUUCCAAUUGGCGAUCAAUAUUUUCCAAUAUUGCGAUCAAUAUUUCCAAUAUUACGAUCAAUAUUUUCCAAUAUUGCAAUCAAUAUUUUCCAAUA